GCGCGGCGCGCGGGGAGGGGAAGGGGUUCUCGCGCGAUUGGGCGAGGUUUCCGGUGUUGUGACUGAAACCCGUCAAUAUGGCGGCGAUCGGCCGCGGCCGGUCGCUGAAGAACCUCCGAACUCGAGGGCGGAAUGACAGCGGCGAGGAGAACGUCCCGCUGGAUCUGACCCGAGAACCUUCUGAUAACUUAAGGGAGAUUCUCCAAAAUGUGGCCAAAUUGCAAGGAGUAUCAAAUAUGAGAAAGCUAGGCCAUUUGAAUAAUUUUACUAAGCUUCUUUGUGAUAUUGGCCACAGUGAAGAAAAACUGGGUUUUAAUUAUGAGGAUAUUAUAAUCUGUUUGCGAUUAGCUUUACUGAAUGAAGCAAAAGAAGUGCGAGCAGCAGGGCUCCGAGCUCUUCGAUAUCUCAUCCAAGACUCCAGUAUUUUGCAGAAGGUGCUAAAAUUAAAAGUGGACUAUUUAAUAGCUAGGUGCAUUGACAUACAGCAGAGCAACGAGGUAGAGAGGACACAAGCACUUCGAUUAGUCAGAAAGAUGAUUACUGUGAAUGCUUCCUUAUUUCCUAGCUCUGUGGCUAACUCCUUAAUAGCAGUUGGAAAUGAUGGACUUCAAGAAAGAGACAGAAUGGUCCGAGCAUGCAUUGCUAUUAUCUGUGAACUAGCACUUCAGAAUCCAGAGGUGGUGGCUCUUAGAGGUGGAUUAAAUACCAUCUUGAAAAAUGUUAUUGAUUGCCAAUUAAGUCGAAUAAAUGAGGCUCUCAUUACUACAAUUUUACACCUCCUUAAUCAUCCAAAGACUCGACAAUAUGUGCGAGCUGAUGUAGAAUUAGAGCGAAUUUUAGCACCCUAUACUGAUUUUCACUACAGACAUAGUCCAGAUACAGCUGAAGGACAACUCAAAGAAGACAGAGAAGCAAGAUUUCUAGCCAGUAAAAUGGGAAUCAUAGCUACAUUCCGGUCAUGGGCAGGUAUUAUUAAUUUAUGUAAACCUGGAAACUCUGGGAUUCAGUCUCUAAUUGGAGUACUAUGUAUUCCAAAUAUGGAAAUAAGGCGAGGCCUGCUUGAAGUGCUUUAUGAUAUAUUUCGUCUUCCUCUGCCUGUUGUCACUGAAGAGUUUAUAGAAGCACUACUCAGUGUAGAUCCUGGUAGAUUUCAAGACAGUUGGAGGCUUUCAGAUGGCUUUGUAGCAGCAGAGGCAAAAACUAUUCUUCCCCAUCGAGCCAGAUCCAGACCAGACCUCAUGGAUAAUUAUUUGGCACUGAUACUUUCUGCCUUUAUUCGUAAUGGACUUUUAGAAGGUUUGGUUGAAGUUAUAACAAACAGUGAUGACCAUAUCUCAGUUAGAGCUACCAUCCUUCUAGGAGAACUUUUACAUAUGGCAAACACAAUUCUUCCUCACUCACAUAGCCAUCAUUUACACUGUCUGCCAACCCUAAUGAAUAUGGCUGCAUCUUUUGAUAUUCCUAAAGAAAAGAGACUGCGAGCCAGUGCAGCCUUAAACUGUUUAAAGCGUUUUCAUGAAAUGAAGAAAAGAGGACCUAAGCCUUAUAGUCUACAUUUAGAUCAUAUUAUUCAGAAAGCAAUUGCAACACAUCAGAAGCGGGAUCAGUAUCUUCGAGUUCAGAAAGAUAUAUUUGUUCUUAAGGAUACAGAAGAAGCUCUCUUAAUGAACCUUAGAGAUAGCCAAGUCCUUCAACAUAAAGAGAAUCUUGAAUGGAAUUGGAAUCUUAUAGGGACCAUUCUUAAGUGGCCAAAUGUAAAUCUCAGAAACUAUAAAGAUGAACAGCUCCACCGGUUUGUACGAAGAUUACUUUAUUUUUACAAGCCCAGUAGUAAAUUAUAUGCCAACCUGGAUCUGGAUUUUGCCAAAUCCAAGCAGCUCACAGUUGUGGGUUGUCAAUUUACAGAAUUUCUUCUUGAGUCUGAAGAGGAUGGUCAAGGAUACUUAGAAGAUUUAGUAAAGGAUAUUGUUCAGUGGCUCAAUGCCUCAUCUGGAAUGAAACCUGAAAGAAGUCUUCAGAAUAAUGGUUUAUUGACUACACUUAGUCAACACUACUUUUUAUUCAUCGGAACACUUUCUUGUCACCCUCAUGGAGUUAAAAUGCUAGAAAAAUGUAGUGUUUUUCAAUGUCUCCUUAACCUUUGCUCCUUGAAAAACCAAGAUCACUUGCUAAAACUGACAGUUUCUAGCUUAGACUAUAGCAGAGAUGGCCUGGCUAGAGUCAUCCUUUCCAAAAUCUUAACUGCAGCCACUGAUGCCUGCCGAUUGUACGCAACAAAACAUUUAAGAGUAUUACUAAGAGCUAAUGUUGAAUUCUUUAAUAAUUGGGGAAUUGAAUUAUUAGUAACCCAACUACAUGAUAAAAACAAAACAAUCUCUUCUGAAGCUCUUGAUAUUCUUGAUGAAGCAUGUGAAGACAAGGCCAAUCUUCAUGCUCUUAUUCAGAUGAAGCCAGCUUUAUCCCAUCUUGGGGAUAAGGGUUUACUUCUCCUCCUAAGAUUUCUCUCCAUUCCAAAGGGUUUUUCCUAUCUGAAUGAAAGAGGUUAUGUAACAAAACAAUUGGAAAAGUGGAGCAAGGAAUAUAAUUCAAAGUAUGUUGACUUGAUUGAGGAACAACUUAAUGAAGCACUUACUACUUAUCGAAAGCCAAUUGAUGGUGAUAACUAUGUUCGUCGGAGUAACCAAAGAUUACAGCGUCCUCAUGUCUACUUACCUGUACACCUUUAUGGACAACUUGUACACCACAAAACAGGCUGUCAGUUGUUGGAAGACAGGAGUAUUAUUGCGGAACUCUGUCACAAUGUUCGCACACCAGAUUUGGAUAAGUGGGAAGAAAUUAAAAAAUUAAAAGCAUCUCUUUGGGCCUUGGGAAAUAUUGGCUCAUCAAAUUGGGGCCUCAAUUUGCUACAGGAAGAAAAUGUGAUUCCAGACAUUCUAAAACUUGCAAAACAGUGUGAGGUUCUUUCCAUUAGAGGGACCUGUGUAUAUGUGCUUGGGCUCAUAGCUAAAACCAAGCAAGGCUGUGAUAUUCUAAAAUGUCACAACUGGGAUUCUGUAAGGCACAGUCGCAAACAUCUGUGGCCAGUGGUUCCGGAUGAUGUGGAACAGCUCUGUAAUGAACUCUCAUCUAUCCCAAGUACCCUAAGUUUGAACUCAGAGUCAACCAGCUCUAGACAUAAUAGUGAAAGUGAAUCUGCACCAUCAAGUAUGUUCACAAUGGAGGAUGACCGGUUUGGUAGCAGUUCUACAAGUACAUUCUUCCUUGACAUCAAUGAAGAUACAGAACCAGCAUUUUUUGAUCGACCAGGACCUAUAAAGGAUAAAAAUUCAUUGACUUUCUUUGCUUCUAGUAAACUAAUGAAGAACCGGAUCUUAAGUUCUCUUACUUUGCCUAGUAAAAAACAUCGUAGUACUAGUGAUACAAAAGGGAAAUCGUCAUCGGAAAAUAAGAGCAGCAACAGACGCGUCAGAACUCUUACAGAGCCCAGUGUUGAUAUUAAUCACAGUGAUGAUUUCACGCCCAUGUCCACAGUACAGAAAACAUUGCAACUAGAAACUUCAUUUGUUGGAAAUAAGCACAUUGAAGACACUGGUAGUACUCCAAGUAUUGGAGAGAAUGACUUGAAAUUCACCAAGAGUCUCGGUACAGAGAAUCACAGAGAAAAUACAAGCCGAGAGAGGUUAGUUGUAGAAAGUUCAACAAAUUCCCAUAUGAAGAUACGUAGCCAGAGUUUUAAUACAGACACUACAACAAGUGGCAUAAGUUCAAUGAGCUCAAGUCCUUCACGAGAGACAGUAGGUGUAGAUGCUACAACUAUGGACACAGACUGUGGAAGUAUGAGUACUGUGGUAAGUACUAAAACUGUUAAGACAAGCCACUUUUUGACACCACAGUCUAACCAUCUCUCUCUCUCUAAAUCAAACUCAGUAUCCCUGGUACCUCCAGGUUCUUCCCAUACACUUCCUAGAAGAGCACAGUCACUUAAAGCACCCUCUAUUGCUACAAUUAAAAGUCUAGCAGAUUAUAACUUUAGCUACACAAGUUCUCGAGAUGCUUUUGGAUAUGCUACACUGAAAAGAUUACAGCAGCAAAGAAUGCAUGCGUCCUUAUCUCAUUCUGAAGCUUUGGCAUCUCCUGCAAAAGAUGUCUUGUUUACGGAUACCAUCACCAUGAAGGCAAACAGCUUUGAUUCCAGGUUAACACCAAGCAGGAUCGAUUUUAAAAAGAAGCAUGUCGGGGGAAUCAGGAGCUUAAGACCUACAAUAACAAACAACCUUUUCAGGUUCAUGAAAGCUUUAAGUUAUGCUUCAUUAGAUAAAGAAGAUUUAUUAAGUCCUAUUAAUCAGAACACCCUGCAGCGAUCCUCCUCAGUGAGGUCCAUGGUGUCCAGUGCAACAUACGGUUGCUCAGAUGACUAUAUUGGUCUUGCUCUUCCAGUAGACAUCAAUGAUAUAUUCCAGGUAAAGGAUAUUCCCUAUUUUCAGACAAAAAACAUACCUCCACAUGAUGACCGAGGCACAAAAGUGUUUGCCCAUGAUGCAGGAGGUCUUCCUUCUGGAACUGGAGGUCUUGUAAAAAACUCUUUUCACUUGCUACGACAGCAGAUGAGUCUUACGGAAAUAAUGAAUUCAAUCCAUUCAGAUGCUUCUUUAUUUUUAGAAAGUACAGAAGACACUGGACUACAGGAGCAUACAGAUGAUAAUUGCCUUUAUUGUGUUUGUAUUGAAAUUCUGGGUUUCCAGCCCAGUAAUCAACUAAGUGCAAUAUGUAGCCAUUCAGACCUUCAAGACAUUCCAUAUUCUGAUUGGUGUGAGCAGCCUAUCCAUAAUCCUCUGGAAGUGGUUCCCUCUAAGUUUUCAGGGAUUUCUGGAUGCAGUGAUGGAGUGUCUCAAGAAGGCUCAGCCAGUAGCACGAAAAGCACAGAAUUGCUGUUAGGUGUUAAAACAAUUCCUGAUGAUACACCGAUGUGUCGUAUACUCCUUCGCAAAGAAGUUCUAAGAUUAGUUGUUAACUUGAGUAGUUCAGUUUCAACUAAAUGUCACGAAACUGGGCUUUUAACAAUUAAGGAGAAGUAUCCUCAAACAUUUGAUGACAUAUGUCUUUACUCUGAGGUUUCCCACUUGCUGUCACACUGCACAUUUAGACUUCCAUGUCGAAGGUUCAUACAAGAAUUAUUUCAGGAUGUACAGUUUUUACAAAUGCAUGAAGAAGCAGAGGCUGUGUUGGCAACACUACCAAAGCAACCUGUCAUUGAUACAUCUGCUGAAUCCUGACCACAUAUUUAUGACGUCUAUAGAUACAUGCGAUAUGUAUUAAUCUUUGUGGAUUUCAUAAGAGCUUCAGAGAAAGCGCUGACAGACUGGACAGCAAAAAGAGGAGUAGCUUCUGUACACUGUUCCAGCAAUUACUGGUACAUGGACAGCUGGAACUGCAGAAUUUCCUAACCAAAAUAACUUCCUGUCACAUUCAUUGAGCCCUUGGGGGGUUUCAGUGUUCAUUGCCACAGUUUGAAGAGUACUAAUUACCAUCAUAUGCAGGAGCCAAGUGCUGAUUACCUGAACAGGUGUUCUGUUUUUCCAUUUUAAGAUCAUAGUAAUAGUGAGACAGUAACAGGAUAUGCAGAAGUACCUUUCACACAGUUGUUUCUGAAAGCAUUUUAGGGUGAUAGAAAGAUGCCUUGUUUGUUAAGUAAUGAUGGAAACCAGGAGUCGGUGUCUCUGAGGUGCCUCCUGUACCACAGUGAGGUGUGCUGUACCUGCUGGUCUUGAGAGGGAACUUAAGCCCUUCUGCAUUCUCCUUAAUGUUUGAAACACUACUUCAGAGGUUUGUAGCCUCAAAGCGAAAGAAGAGCCUCAACAACCCAGGACUUAUAAAUUAUUUUUAUGUUACUAGACUUGCAUAAAGUUUAUUUGUUUUCCAUCUCUUCAGUUUUGUUGCAAUGUGUUAUCAUAGACUAUUUGAACUGAUUAAGGUUUUUCACUACAGUUGCUGAUUAAAAUCAGAAAAUCCUUUAUAAGUCAAAAGUAUUUUUUAUUUAUAGAGUACAUAUAUUUUUAGUAGACUUGUUUUCAUCAACUUCCCAUAUCAGCAUUGUAAAAAGAAACUUGAGGGAUGUAGCUUGGCAUAGCAUACUUCCCUUGCAUUUGUGAGGCUUUUGGUUUGAUCCCUGGCACCCCCAAAGCAAAAUGGAACAAAAAUUAAACACAUAAACUCAAGUAAGAACUGUAUAGACCUACGCAAAAGAAAGCAUUAAGUAAUGCUUUGACUCUCCUGAUGAAAAGAUAAGUCUGCCUACAAUACUUACAUUCCAUGGGAAAGAAGAGCCAUAUUUCCUUUAAAAAAAACAUUAGUGUAACUUGUUUUUUCAACUAAAAAUUGUAGUGAAAAGCCUAAAGUACCAAAUUUUAAAGCAGCAGUAAUUUAAUUUUUGUAUCAUUGUUCUUGUUUUGCACAGACUAUAUGCCUUGGUAGGUAAAUUUAUGAGUACAGUAAUUGCCUUUACUACAUUUGUGAAGUAAAAUUGAUAUGGGCAAGGUUUUGUUCAGUUUGUGUGUCUAAGGAUAUUUGGAAAUCUUUGUGGGAAUAAAACAUAUAUGCAAAUUUGUACAAAAAAUAGCAUGGCCAUCAUCGCUAGAAUGCUUGUAAAUGAAAGAUUAUCUUUUUUGAGGUCUAUAUAUCGAUAGAGAAAUUCCAGCUGGACUGAUUAGGACCCUUUUUUUAAUUCAUUUAUGCAUACCAUUUUUAUAAUUACAUACCCGCUUUGACACAGUGAUAGUGCAUUGAUUGAUAUUUUCCCAUGCUCAGAUUCUUUUAAUAAUGGGCUAGUUCUUUGCGAUCUCUGUAAAGAACCCUGUGAACUAGAAAACAAAACUCAGAGAUACUUGUUUUUGUUUUGUUUUUGUUUUUGUUUUUAAUUUACUGGCACUGAAAGUUCUAGUUGGGAUGAAGCAUUUCAUCUCACUCCAUAACACCUCUUUAACUGCACUUCAGUGAAUUGUUCUUGUGUGCACUGUGUAGCAAUUUAUAACAAAGCAGACAAGGGCUAUAAGCUUCUGCUUAUGUUACAAAGUAGUUCUUCAGAUUUUCCCUCAUAAAAUCCAAUGGAAUAUAAAACAUACUUUUUUAACUUUUAAUUUAUUACUGAAUGCAUUUAUUUAAAUGUCAACAGUACUUCUAGGAACAUUGCCUGUCACCUUGAUCUUUGGUUUUGGAUGAUUGAACUGCCUUCCAGAGAACCAAAUGUCAGAGAUACUAGACCAAAUAGUGGUUAAAAACUCCAAAGGAGGUUGUUAGUAAUCAUAUCCAUAAUGGGGUUAACAUAUUUUAGACAUUUGUUUUAAACACUACCUCAGUUAACAUAGAAUAUAACAUCUGUGGUUUAAUCUCUCAAAAGGUAACUUUUUUGGGGGGGGUAGGGGUGGUACCCACAGCCAUCCCAUCCCUGGACCCCACCUCAUUUAUUCAUUCUGAAGUGAACUGAUUUUUUCAGUUAUUAUUACUUAAAAAGACGUAUGUGUGUAUGUCAUAAUAUUUGCCUGUAGCACUUACUUUGGGGGGACAGAGCUUUGUGGUUAUCAGUAAACUAAGAAAAAAUGUCAAAACUAAGUUUGUACUGCUAUUUGGUUUAUUCAUGUCUCACUGACAGGUUUAAUACUUUUUCUUUAAGUACUUGUUUCUAUAAAAAAAGACUUUUAUGAUGAAAAAUGCUCAUAGGCAGUGCCAAGUGAUUAACUUAUGUGUUUAAGAACAUUAAAUUAUAGCGGAAAAAGCUAGGAAUGGUGUCAUGGUAGUAGAAAUAAUUGAGAAAAUAAUUUAUAAAUAGUAGCAGACUAUAGAAUACCAAAAUGUCAAUACUGUGUAGUUUUUUUUUUCCACGAUUUAAAAAUUAACCUUAGACCAUUUAAAUUUAUACUAUUGAUAGUUAUUGAAUAAUUUGGAGGAAUUUGGGCAGUUGUGCUGGUUGUAAACUGUGAAUUUCUAAUUGUAAAGUGAAUUGUCAUUUCUAAUGGAAAAUUUUUUUAAGAACACAUUUCAGCUUCACAUACUAAGUAAAUACUGAUAAAUUAGGAAGUUAGGAAUUUAGUAAUAAUUAAAUAUCUCAAAUUUCUUAUAUUUCAGUUUUCUGUUUAUGCUUAUAUAGAUUUGGGGUGAGGGGGUGUGUAAUCCCUCACCCCAGUUAAACUCUCUAAUUAGAAAUCCUCACCCUAAUUAAAAAUUUUCUAACGAAGAUUGAUAGCAUAAGGACAUUCUGUAAGACAGUGACUUUAAACUCUAUAGAGAAAUAUAAACUAUAGAGAAUAUGUUAGAAAUUUCUCUAACAUAAUGCAUAUAAGCCCUUUUGAAUUGGUAAUUUGAGUAGUUUCUAGCUCUUUUAUUCAGAGCUUGAGAUAAUUAAAGUUGAGUUUGUCAGCGCAUGUUACAAUGGCAUAGUGUCCAACAGAUAUCAGUGCUUAUUUAGAUUCGUCUACUGCUACUUAUACCUAAAAAAUGUUUUCAUUCCAUUCAGAGGAUGCCUUUUAUGUCUACAUUAAAGCACAGAUCAUUAAGCAAUAAAACUAGUAAAAACUCAUCCAAACAUAAUUAUUUUUGCAUGGUAAGAAUGAGGUGCCAAUUUUGUGUGAGAUAACAUUUAUAACUACCUGGGGAAAUAUCUUUUGGAAGUAAGGUUUCCCCACACACACCCAUUUGUCAUUUACUUCCAGUUUUGUCUCAUUCAUAAUCCCUUAUAGCAUGGAUUCAAAGAAAAGCUAGAAUUGAUUAAAAUAGUUCAAUGAGAACAACUGCUGGCAUAAAAGAACAUUUCAGAUUUUCUGAACUAGAGGUUAGGAAAGUCUCUUAGCUCUGUAUUCAGGAAAUACAUUAUUUUCAGCUUCCUUUCAGGAGUAUCACUACAGUAAGAGUUUUCGUUAGAUUAACAGCGAUGCAUGUCAAAAAAUACUGAAAUCUGUGAGGAUCUUUCUAAAGGCACUCUUUGUUUUAGUUCCAGGUUCCCAGGGUAUUUUUCCAUUCAGAUUAAGUUUUAAAUGAUUCAUGUAAACUGUGUCCCCCUCCCCCCUUGGAGUAUUUUCGUAAUUUAGGUGGAUAGCUAUGCCACAACAUGCAUAAUUGCACAUUUUUUGUUUGAAUUUCUUUAUAAAAUGUUUAAUUUGAAAAAUAUAAUUUAUGCCAAAAAGUAUACCUUGUACUUUUGCCACUAAAUAGGUUGAUUUAGCACAAAAUGCAAAGUCUUGGGGGGAGGGGGACAAAAAAAUUUCAUAGAUAAUAGUUGAAAAUAUUCCAUUUAUGGCCUGUCAAAAACCCUAAAGCUGCAUUGUAAAAGAUGUUGUAAAUUAGUUUUGAAAGUGGUAAGGGACUGUGAAAAAAAUGACUUAAUUCUCCCCUAACCACAUGAUUUUUUUUUUUUUUUUUUUUUUUUUUU